AUGGCUUAUUCUAGUAGAUUUGAAGGUGAGUUCAGUUGUGAAGACAUGAUUGAAGAAGAGCUUGAUGCAUCAUCCAAGCUACUUCACACCAAGUGGGAAGAAGCGCGCUUAAUAAUAGACAACCAAGAGAAAACCAUAAGUGUUCUUCAGAUGGAAACAAGGAAGUUGGCAUCAAUCAUCACAGUUGUAGAAAAAGAGAAUUCAAAAGGUGGUGUCACCAACAAGGGUAAAAAAGGUCUUAUGAAGAAGGUCAUAUCUAAGGAAGACAUCAGGGGUUUACAAGGUCUCAAGAUUGACAAAGAAAAUACUAAUAAAGAGGAAAGACUAACCAAGAUAUCAGACAAGAUGUCUCAACAUCUUACUCAAGAUUCUGAACUAUCUCAUGAGCAUUAUGUCAUUAAAGGGAAGACUGAUGAUCAGGCUAGAUGUCCUCCCAUUUUUGAACAAUCUACAAUGAUUUGGAAGAAGAAGAUAUAA